UCCUGCGGAGCUGAAAAUGAGGGGGCUGCUGGUGUUUGCUGCUCUCCUGGCCACUGCUGCCAGCAGGGAGACCUUUGUCGGGAACCAGGUGCUCCGGAUCGUCGCAGCCGAUGAAGCUGACGUGGAGAAGGUGAAGGAGCUGGAGGAGCUGCAGGACCUGCAGCUGGAUUUCUGGCAGGAACCUGGGAGCCCGGAGGUUCCUAUAGAUGUACGAGUUCCCUUCGCCAGCCUUCAAGCCGUCAAAGCCUUCCUGGAGUUCAACAGAAUUCGCUAUUCCAUCCUCAUAGAUGACGUGCAAAUGCUGGUGGACGAGGAAGCGACACAGAUGAUACGUCACCAUUUCAUGCCCCAGACUUUGGAGACAUUUAACUACGCCUCUUACCACACCCUGGAGGAGAUCUACGAAUUCAUGGACUUACUGAUUGAGGCCAACCCAAACCUGGUCAGCAAAAUUCAGAUCGGCAACACUUAUGAGGGCCGCCCGAUCUACGUCCUGAAGUUCAGCACCGGAGGAACCAAGCGCCCGGCUAUUUGGCUCGACACCGGCAUUCACUCCCGGGAAUGGAUCACCCAAGCCAGCGGAGUCUUGUUUGCAAAGAAGAUUCUGGAUGGUUACGGCCAAGACCCGUCUCUCACCUCCAUCCUGGACAAGCUGGACAUCUUCCUGGAGAUCGUGACCAACCCCGAUGGCUUUGCUUUCACCCACACCAAGAACCGCAUGUGGCGUAAGACCAGGUCCGUCCGCGCCGGCUCGUCCUGCAUCGGCGUGGACCCCAACAGGAACUGGGAUGCGGGUUUCGGAGGGGCCGGAUCCAGCAGCAACCCCUGUUCUGAGACUUACCGCGGCCCCUUCGCCCACUCGGAGAGCGAGGUGAAAGCCAUCGUGGACUUUGUGAAGAGCCAUGGGAAUAUCAAAGCCUUCAUCUCGAUCCACAGCUACACCCAGCUCCUCUUGUAUCCCUAUGGUUACACCAGGACGCAGGCUGCCGACCACCAGGAACUGGAUCAGAUCGCUAAAGCGGCAGUCACCGCCCUCUCCUCCCUGUAUGGCACGUCGUACCGCUACGGCAGCAUCAUCACAGCCAUCUAUCAAGCCAGUGGUGGAACCAUUGACUGGACUUAUAACCAGGGCAUUAAAUACUCUUUCACUUUUGAGCUGCGGGACACAGGGCGUUAUGGGUUCUUACUCCCAGCCAACCAGAUCAUCCCGACUGCCGAGGAGACGUGGCUGGCACUGAUGACCAUCAUGGAGUACACACGAGACCACCCCUAUUAAAACAGAAAUGAUUAUGAGCUCGGGUUCCUUCUCUGGAGGAGUCCAGGGAGGAAUUCAACUCACCAAAACUUCUUCAAUAAAACAAGUGAAUGA